GGAGGCGUGACCUACACGCACGCCGCGGGUGCGUGGCACACGGUCCUGCUCCGGAGCGACGGCACGGUCGCAGCCUUCGGCCACAAUUCGUACGGCCAGUGCGACGUGCCGGGGCUGGAGGGAGGCGUGACCUACACGCACGUCGCCGCGGGUGAGUUCCACACGGUCCUGCUCCGGAGCGACGGCACGGUCGCAGCCUUCGGCGACAAUGCGUGCGGCCAGUGCGACGUGCCAGCGCUGGAGGGAGGCGUGACCUACACGCACGGAGGCGUGACCUACACGCACGUCGCCGCGGGUGAGUUCCACACGGUCCUGCUCCGGAGCGCCGGCACGGUCGCAGCCUUCGGCGACAAUGCGUACGGCCAGUGCGACGUGCCGGCGCUGGAGGGAGGCGUGACCUACACGCACGUCGCCGCGGGUGCGUGGCACACGGUCCUGCUCCGGAGCGACGGCACGGGAGGCGUGACCUAUACCGCGCGCCUGUUUGGAGUUAAGCUGCUCCUGCAGGCAUCAUUCGACGGCGGCUCACUGCGCUUUUUGACCUUGGGCGGGGUGGAGCGCUGCCGACUCCUGGCCGCCCCUGGUGCUCUGCUCGCAGAUGUGCACCACCAGCUGCUGGCUGAGCAUGCCGCUGGGAGGCUGGGCCAAGGAUUCGACCGUGUCGACGCCGUCUUGCCAGAGAGGCUUCUCCUGAGUGAGGCCUCGGCCGACGAGACCGUCGCAAGCGUUUUUGGGCCCGCUCAGCGCGGCUAG